CCCUACAAACGAAACGUUUCUAACUUGUCGACGGUCUGUUCAUACGUAGAUGAAACAAAUAUAUUCUCCUUCUCCAUAGCCAGUUGAAAGAUUAAACUCUCUGUGAAAUUAAAAUAGUUGGAAAGACAUCUUUUCGAAAUAGCAGAAGAGUAAUAAAAAAAUGGGCAAGAACGAGAAAACAGGGCUAGGUAGAUCAUUAGUGAAGCACCAUAACCAGAUGAUUCAACAAUCGAAAGAGAAAGGUCGUUUUUACAACGCUCUUCACAAUAAAGUUCUCCAAUCAAUCACUGAAGUUAGCGACAUCGACGCCGUCAUCGAGCAGGCUGAGGAGGCCGACCGUCUCUUCUCUCUUCAGCACGCCGCCCCCACCGUCCUAAUCAACCUCGACACAAGCUCAAGUCCCAGCGAUAUGACACCGGAGGAAAGGAGGAAAGAGCAGAAGAAAGAGGAGGCAUUACAUGCUAGCAGUCUCCGUGUCCCUCGCAGGCCACCAUGGAAUGCUGGAAUGUCUGUUGAGGAGCUUGAUGCCAAUGAAAGACAAGCUUUCUUAGUCUGGCGUAGAAGCCUUGCGAGCCUCGAAGAGAAUGAGAAACUUGUUCUUACUCCAUUUGAGAAGAACCUAGAUAUUUGGAGACAACUUUGGAGGGUGGUUGAGCGCAGUGAUCUGCUAGUAAUGGUUGUUGAUGCACGAGAUCCCUUGUUCUACCGUUGUCCUGAUCUUGAGGUAUAUGUACGAGAGGUGGAUGAGCACAAGAGGACAUUGCUCCUUGUGAACAAAGCGGAUCUUUUGCCCUUUUCAGUCAGGCGGAAAUGGGCAGAGUAUUUUCGCCUUCAUGAGAUUCUAUUUGUGUUCUGGUCAGCUAAGGCUGCUUCUGCUGCUCUUGAGGGGAAAAAACUCAAAGAACUAUGGAAGGGACAAUCUUCCCUUGAAAAGAUGGAUGACCCUGACCCUGAUACAAAAAUAUAUGGCAGGGAUGAGCUUUUGUCUCGCUUACAAUCAGAGGCUGAAGAGAUAGUCAAGAUGAGGAGGAAAUCAGGCUCCAGUGGCGCUGGCCCAUCCAAUGAUCAAUCUCUAGGAGGAAAUGUUGCUGGAAAUUCAAACCCAAAGAAUGUGAUGUUGGGAUUUGUUGGGUAUCCUAAUGUGGGCAAAAGUUCCACAAUCAAUGCUUUGGUAGGCCAGAAGCGGACUGGAGUAACCUCCACUCCAGGGAAGACCAAGCAUUUCCAAACGCUAAUAAUUUCCGAGGAGUUGACCUUGUGCGACUGUCCUGGAUUGGUGUUCCCUUCCUUCUCAAGUUCAAGAUAUGAAAUGAUUGCUUCAGGGGUAUUACCAAUUGACCGAAUGACUGAGCACAGGGAGGCUGUGCAGGUCGUGGCUAAUCGAGUCCCAAGGCAUGUGAUCGAGGAUGUUUACAAAAUAAAUCUGCCAAAGCCCAAGCCAUAUGAGCCACAAUCUCGGGCUCCUUUGGCAUCAGAAUUCUUAAGGGCUUACUGUGCAUCUCGUGGAUAUGUUGCCUCCAGUGGACUGCCUGAUGAAACUAGAGCUGCACGUCAAAUUUUGAAAGAUUACCUAGAUGGUAAGCUACCCCACUAUGAGAUGCCACCUGGAAUGGCUCGUGAGGAAGCAGGCGUUGAAGAAAAUGAAGGACCCAGCUUGUCCGAGACACAUGAGACAGAUUCAUCUGACUCUGAGAAGCCUCCAGAUGUUGAAGGUGAAAGUGCACCUGUUCUCGAGCGUGUGCUUGACGAUCUAAAUUCAUUUGAUAUGGCAAAUGGACUAGCUUCCAAGAAGGCUGUUACUAAGAAGCCAAAUGCAUCACAUAAGCACCAUAAGAAGCCUCAGAGGAAAAAGGAUCGGUCAUGGAGGACCGUAAAUGAUGACGGUGAUGGAAUGCCAGUGGUAAGAGUCUUCCAGAAGCCAGUGAAUUCAGGUCCUUCCUAGGCUGGGUGAGCUAUUUUGGUAUCAGUGAUACAUACCCCUCUUCUGGGAGCUAGACAUUUAGAGAAUCGCCAUUUAUUAAAUCUCCCCCUCUUUAUCUUCCUGCAUUCUCAGAUGGAGAUAGGAGGCAAAAGGGAAAAAGAAAAGAAGCAUAUUCAAGUAGUUUAUUUGGAAAAGUGCAUGUAACUAUUUGUAUCUUUUUUGUGAUGUGAAUUAGCUAUCUAAUUUUGAGCCUUAGGUGUUUGUGUUGCCAAGAUUUCUGCACAUUAAGCAAUGAGAUUAUUUGAUAAAUUGUUACUACUUCUUUAUGUGUUUUUCA